CGCGAUGCCUCAGGCGUACUUCAUCACGCAACUCUCACGAGCUUCUCUGUCCUUAUAUACGACUUACCCUUUUUUUCUUAAAUUUUUAUAAAAUCGGUGAAACUAAAUCCGUUUUUCGCGUGUGAAGAAGUUGCGUGUCGUCUUCAGACCGAUCUCUCUCUUUGUUUUCUCUGUGUUUGGUCGGUUCCUUCCUCUUACCGUGGGCUUGUGUCGGAUGGCUCUUUGUGGUCUUUCAUCGACUCCAAAUCUGCAAAGUUUGGGAGUUUUGCAAUCUGCUAGAAGUUCGAGCAUUGUUCUGAAACGACACCGUAGUUUAUGGCUGCCCACAAGCUCUUCGUUUCGUGCUAAACCUGUGAGACUCCGUUGUUCAUCUUCAUCAUCGUCUAAUGUGGAGAUGGAAGAGGAUGUUGGGAACGGUAGCUCCUCUGUAUCUGUGGAGGAUGAAUCAGCACAUGUGAUGCAGUUCAAGUGGAAUGAUUUCAAGAUUCUUGAUCGUGUUAGCAUUGGUCAUGGUGGUCGGGCCGAUGAGCUUGUGUUUGAAGCUGUAGUUCAGGUUCCAGACAGCCCUUUGUUUAACCAAGGAGUUGUCCUUCGGAAAUUGAACACCACUCAUGCGCAAAGAAGGGGAAGAAGAGCCAUUGAAGUAUUGAAAAAGCUAGUUCGUCGUAGACUUCUGUACCAUUCUUACUCAAUGCAAGUUCACGGUUACAUCUCUAACAGCCUGAGUGAUGAUCCCUACUCAUUUACCCUCGUCCACGGGUGCCAUGGGAGUUUUUCGAUUAGGCACUGGCUUCAGCAAUCUGAUUGGCUUCCAACCUUAGAAGCUACCCUUGCGCUAGAUGAAGAAUCCUUUAGAAGAGUAGGGGAUGAUACAACUGGAGGACCUGCAGUUUCAAGGCAGCUUAGACUAAUCCGUAUACUAAUGAGAGAUCUUUUGAUCGGAGUCAAUUACUUGCACAGCCAUGGUCUUGCUCACACGGAACUGAGAUUGGAAAAUGUGCACAUUAGCCCUGUGGAUAGACAUAUCAAAGUAGGGAUUCUGGGAAAUGCUGCUGACUUCUACGAGGAUGGUCAGAGCAGUAGCAACGCUUACAGUACCAUGGACAGACGACAAAUGAUGAUAGCAUUUGACAUGAGAUGUGUUGGUUUCAUGAUGGCAAAAAUGGUACUCCAAGAACUAAUGGAUCCACUAAUCUUUGCGAAAUUCAAGUCUUUCCUUGCAAAGGGGAAUGAUCCUUCUUCUCUACGAGAGUUCUUUGUGACGACGCUCAAUACAAACUCAGAAUCUGGAAAUACUGGAGUUCAAAUACUUGAUAGAAACUGGGGAGCAGGUUGGCACCUUUUAUCUUCAUUGAUUGCUACCAGACCUUCUAAACGAAUAAGUUGCUUGGAUGCUCUUAAGCAUCCCUUUCUGUGUGGACCUAGAUGGCGUGUUGCCCCAUCAAUGGAUAUCAUCAGAUGGGGUCUUGGAUCAACCGCUGUAAGGAUAUCAGAAGAAUACAUUUACCGCAUGCCUCAGCGUCAAAGACUUUCCCACUUCAUUGAACUAAUGGAGAUGCUAAACCCAUGUCCUAAACCAAAUUGUUGGUUGGAGCUGUUACCGGGAAGAUGGCGUCUGUUAUACUCAACCGGAAAGCACAUUGGUCUAACUCUGCGUCAACCCUCUACACGUGCACUAAUAGGCAAUGUCCAUUUAACAAUAAGCCGAGCUUCAGAAGAUGCCAACAACAACACUUCACUAUCCUUUACCUCUGAUAUAGGCUUCACGGCCAUAACCAGCAACGACUGGCCACACGAAAAAACCGGAGCCAGAGGUAAACUACAAACGCUCUCUCAGUUCAGACUAGUAGCCGGAAAAAGACUUUAUCUGAAAGAAGAGAAAAAGAACAUUGGUAAGUUCUCUAUGGGAGAACCAAAUGCGGAGGAGGGCCUAGUCGAGAAGUUAGGAACCAAGAAAUGGAAAAAAGUGGUGCCUUUCAAGGAGUUCCCCUCGAGUCUUCCUGUAGCCAAACUCAUCUCUGGAGAGAUUGAAGUAACCAUGAACAUGGCUGAUCGUAUAGAGUCGCCAGGGAACGUGAUCGGGGAAGUUAGAAAGCAGAUUCCGCAGGAGAUGUUCGAUUUGUCUAAGCUUGUGUGUGGUACGUAUAUAGACAGUAGGUUGCUUGUACUUAGGUGUGUGAAUGGUUCGGCGUUGCUGUUUACAAGGUCUAGCUUGGACCAUAAGUCUAUGUAGUCACUUGUCUCGGUUCUUAUGUACAGUGAGCAUUCUUUUUGGGACUAAACCUUUGUGUAUAUUGCAUAUAGUCUAUGCUGUUGUGUGUGAAAGAGAAGCUCUAGUCCGAAUUUCUAGU